AUGGUCGUGUGCUUGCACGUGAACAGUAUCAAACAGUUGGAUAUGUUUGAUACCGAAGUUGCAUUAUUCAAACAAAAUAUGUAUUAUAAACGUUAUGGGAGUCAAAUCGUGCAACAUGCCAUUAAGGAUUCCCCCUUCGAAGGUCUUGCUCCUUUAGUUAGCAAUUAUACUGCGUUUAUAUUUAGUGCUGAAAUUAAAACAACAGCUUUGGAGAGUAUUCUUAAGAAAAACAAGAAACUACUUGUAAUAGGUGGAGUGUUGGAAGGGCAAGUGAUGAAAUUAGAUGAUUUUAGGAGAUACGGAGAAAUGGAUAUUACGACGGCGCAAUCAUAUUUGGUUCAAACAUUACAGAAUGCAGCAGGCGGGAACCUGAAUCGACAACUCACAUAUCAUCAAUCGAUGCUGCUGACACGACUGAAUCAGAUCGGUACAAUUGAGACAACGUCAGACGAUAAGAAAUAA